AUGGGUAAUAUAUUAACAUCAAUACCGAAUACUGUUUCAUUACCAAUAUUUGGGGUCGGCUUGACCACAUUAUGUUUAAGUCUAUGUUUUUGUUGUUAUUUAUGGCGACUUAGACGAGACACAUUUCGUGAAAAAGGCUACCGAAAAGAUCAAUAUAUGCGAUGUAAAGUAAAAAAUUCCAGUUGUGUGAUUUGUUUCGAUGAUUUUUAUCAAGAUGAAGAAAUAGCUGUAUGUCCAUGCGAACAUGCAUUUCAUAAACGUUGUUUAUCACCAUGGUUACAACGAAAUUGUACAUGUCCAAUGUGUAAUAUGUGUAUCAAACCGGAAAUAUCUGGUUCAUGUCAAGUAGCGGAUAUGCUUUAG